UUUAUUAUUUUAUUUGUAAAAUAUUUGAAUUCAUGUUAAAUUACCGAAGUAUGACCCAAAAUAGAAAAGCGCUGCAGUUCUGCCAUCUGCUGGAGAACAGUAGUUUUUGCGGCCACAAACACAUUAUUCCUCUAAGGGUCACUUGAAGCGUUGGAACCAAUCAUGGCCAACUGCAGGGGAGGGGCGGAGUUAAACAUUUAUUUGCAAGAUCACUCUGGGUCAGUUUAUCAGGAAUACACAUUGACUGUGACUCAGCAGGCUUUUUUUGUCACACACACCGAGAUUUAAUGAUAAAUCUAAAUGAUUGGUUUGAAACUAUUUGCAAAUCUCUACAUAAUUCUGAGUUGUCUCGAUUCUUCUGUGCAGAAGCGAUGACAGUCUUCUUUUGAUAGCGACCAAAUAUGUUUUUUUGCACCAAAUCAGAAAGCAUUUACUUUAUUAACACAAAUAAUCUUAUGACAACAAAUAUUUUUAACUUGCUAAAAAAAUGUGCGUGCGUGUGUGAACGCACAGGAUUCAACAUCUGGUGGGGUCCUCCCGGUCUGACGUCGCCAUACGUCUUUGCUACGUCACCACAAAGAUGCGGAAGUGGAAGUCGCCGUGGAGAAGAUAAACUAAUGUCAUGAAAACGCCUCAAAAUAAAGAAAAUAAGACAAGAAGCAGUAGGAGAAAGGGAGGAUUUCACCUUCACGCUAACCCUCACCUCUGACAUGUAACGUAAUGCAACUGUGCGUUGCAGUUACACCAGUCCUCCGUUACCUCUGGAUGGACGGAGCGGCUGAGACGGAAUCUGCGUCCCUGCUGCCCUGCGCUUCCCUCGACAGACAACGGCUUGGCAACGACAGCUACGACACGGUCACAGAAGAUCGCUCGGGCUAAGUGGGAGUUUCUGUUUGGCAGCGGCAGGACGGAGGAAGAUCACUGUGGUAAAGACACUUGGUCGACCACACCCCCUACUGGUGACCCUCCCACCUCCACUCCUCCUUCCUCCUGGCAUCUAAUGCCACCUGACCAGAGAAAGGGGUGGAACAGCAAGGGUCAAAGGUCGUCCAAACAUAAAGUGCGGCAGAUUGAGUUGGAGUUGGUGACGCCGAACCUCCGAGGCUUCAGUCCGAAGACGGGCAUCAUCCGCAGGACCAUCAAAUACUCAGAGACUGAUCUGGACGCUGUCCCACUGCGCUGCUACAGGGAGACAGAUCUGGAUGAGGUGAUGCGGGCAGAGGCAGAGGAGGUAGAGGCAGAUUCAGCCUUCAGCAGUAACCGUAGUGUUCUGGAAAUCUCCAGUUUCAGUCCUGCUGACAUCUCUCCCAAACCCUGGAAUGGUGGAGGGAAAGGGAGACAUGAGGAAGAGGAGGAAGAGGAUGAUGAGCAGGAGGAAGGUGGAGGAGGGGUGGUGAGCUGGGCCAGUGUCAGGAUGUUGGGUGACAAACAGAGACAACAAGCUGCAAAAGAGGAGGAAGAGGUUUUCAGUCUGCUGCUGAAAGGGCCGUUGGAAUCAUCAUGCGAAGCCAACAGUGCCCUAAAGUCUCCGAUCUCUGUCAGCAGCCCCCGCCUCUCUGAAAGCAACCUGGACUCCUUCAGCCGCCAUUUUGAAAACAUCAUGGAGUCCCACCGAGCCAAAGGAACCUCAUACAGCAGCCUGGACAGUGUGGACCUGCUGACCUCUGGAUCCACGUCUGUGUUUACCUUUGACCUGCCCACACUCACACCAGAGAUCCAGAGUCAGAUCUGCGACAGCGCCAAGCAGAUCAUCGAGCUCAGCUUUGCUCCACUGGUCCUUCCAGACUCUGCAACCGCAGCCUCAGCAGAGACCUCACGCUCUGAAACCACCCUCAAUGCCUCAGGAGGCGGCAUCCAAAAUGGUGAAAAGGACGACUCUAGUCCUAGAACCCGGAUGAGGUCUGAGAAAGAUUCUUGGCGUCGUACCAACGCCAAAGAUGGCGUCCGAAAAGCCAACUCUGCUCCAUCACUUCACAGCAGCCCCAGGGAGCGUCCAGUGAAUCCUCCUCUGGAGCUCCUCUACCCUCAGGCUGAUGUGGCCGAGCGUUUGGCACUCGGUGGCAGCGAUGAUGCCUUGCCCAAUGGCACCAGCGCCGACCUGCAGGCCGCCAAGCGCCUGGCUAAACGCCUGUUCCACCUGGAUGGCUUCAGGAAGUCUGACGUGGCGCGACACCUCAGCAAAAAUAACGAGUUCAGUCAGAGGGUGGCAGAAGAAUAUCUUAGCAACUUCAACUUCAGUGGGUUGACCAUUGACCAGGCGCUCAGGUCUUUUCUCAAUCGUUUUGCUUUGAUUGGAGAAACUCAGGAGAGGGAGAGAGUCUUAGCUCACUUUUCCAGGAGAUACGGAGAGUGUAACACCGACACCACUGAAGACAGUGUCCACACGCUGACGUGUGCCGUCAUGCUGCUGAACUCUGACCUUCAUGGAAAUAACAUUGGGAAAAGAAUGUCCUGUAAUCAGUUCAUCACAAACCUGGAAGGACUCAACAAUGGAAAAGACUUUCCUAAGGAUCUGCUCAAGACUCUCUACAGCUCCAUCAAGAACGAGAAGCUGCAGUGGACUAUAGAUGAAGAGGAAGUGAGGAAGACGACAAUGGAGCAGGGUGACGUCAGAACGGACGCUGCUUCUCACACCAUGAAACGAUUGGGGAGCAGCGGGAACCCGUUGAUGGGCGUGGCCCAGCAGGCCGACGGCGAGGUUUACAAGAGUGGAUUCUUGGUUCGUAAAGUCCACGCUGACCCCGAUGGAAAGAGAACGCCACGAGGAAAACGAAGCUGGAAAUCUUUCUACGCCAUGCUGAAGGGUUUAGUCCUCUACCUUCAGAAGGACGAGUACCGCUCAGAGCGAGAGCUAACAGAGGAGGAUUUGAAGAACUCCGUCUCCAUCCACCACUCCCUCGCCAUGAGAGCUGUUGACUACAGCAAACGUCCCAACGUCUUCUACCUGAGGACAGCUGACUGGAGGGUCUUCCUGCUGCAGGCGCCGAAUGCUGAGCAGAUGCAGUCCUGGAUCACACGCAUCAAUGUGGUGGCAGCCAUGUUUUCAGCGCCGCCGUUCCCUGCUGCGAUUGGCUCUCAGAAAAGAUUCAGUCGCCCCCUGUUGCCUGGGUCAAACACCAAACUGUCACAGGAAGAGCAGUUGAAAUCUCACGAGAAUCGCUUUAGGGCUGUUUCGUCUGAGCUCACUGAACUAAUGGCCUCAGCAGCCGACCUCAAGAGCCUCAAAGGUCGUGAGCUGGAGGAGCACAAACAACGACUGGAGUAUUUGGAGUUUGAAAAAACCCGUUACGGUACCUAUGCCAUGCUGCUACGAGCCAAGUUGUCCGGCGGAGACCAAGACCUGGAGGCCUUUGAGUCACGCCUCUUUGACGAUGGUGGCCUGCAGAGGGCGCACUCCAGCCCCUCGCUGCCACAGGACACUGCCAACAAAGAGAAAAUCCGCGGCACCAAGACGUCUAAAAGCCUAAAGGUCAUGUCUUCUUCAACGUCCUCAACCACUAAGACCACAGGCGGCGAAGAUGGGAAGAAGAACGGGAACAACACACAAUCAGAGCCACGGAAACAGAGCAUUAAACAAGAGGAGGCAGCGUGAGACACUGCAGGGAGAGACAGAGAGCAUCAUGGGUAACAUCCUGCAAUUGACCUUUAAAUCUUUUCUGUUGAUCCCUAUUGGGUUCUGAUUUCGGCAUGUGGAAAAAGGAAGCAAAUAGUUUUGGCCGGGUGAACUUUCAAGAAGCUCCAGGUCUUUCCAGGAAGUUUCAGGAUGUUCUAUCAAGACGUUUUUUUCUGCAGGUUCAUGAACAUUUCUUUUCUUAAACCCAGAAGCAUCGGUCCAACUUGAUCAUGUAGUUUGAGCUGGACAAACAGAUGAAAAAUGAUAAGAGGAAAUUGGAGACCUGGACGGAGAGCACGGUGGGCCGUUAUAAACCCUCCAUGAGGAAGUGAAAAAAUAUGAUUUUUCCUCCUUAAGUUUAUUUGAAAAAGUUUCACGAAGUGAUGCAGAAAGUUCAGGACCCUCCAGAGAAGUCUGGUCUUGGUUUGGUGCAGAACCUUUGCUGAAACAAUUUAUUUCCUUGCAGGUACUCAAACUUUUGUUUCUUUUUUUGAUUAUCCCAGACCUCAGAGACUGUAAACUGUGCAAACUGCGCAAACAGAGUAGCAACCUAGAGGAGGCACCAUUUCACACCCUAAGGACCUGAGCUGAGAUGAUCCGAAGGAGCUGUGUUUUCAACGUUUUCUUUUGAUCUGGAUUUGGAUUCUGAACACCCUACUUUAUCAAGAUAUUUUUGCAAUAAUAUUUAUUUAUGUUUAGGCUCUUGUUUUUGUUGACGACUCUUUGAUAAGGCCGCUUUUGGCGCAGGUACUCCAACUCUUUUUCCACAUCAACCUCCAAGAUCUGGAUGUUGAAAACAGUGCUGCACAAACAGAGCAGUGAUGAAAAGAAAACAGAGAGAGAGAGAGAGCGAGAGAGAACCUCAUCAUCCUUUCAAACCUCGUCUGUUCAUCCUCAGUCGGACCCUCAGCAGAGAAAACUUUAUUUCUCGGUGUAACUUUUGUUCAGGGACUUUCAGGAAGUGAUGCUGUCAGUUAGACUCCAGGAGCUUCAAAUGUUCUAGAAAUCCCAAGUUCUGCAAGUUCCAGAACUUUUGCUGAAGCUAUUUUAGUUGCAGGUACUUAAGUUUGUUGUGUUCUCUCCCAGAUUGAUGAAAACUGACACUCCACAUUAUCACCUUCUCUCUGGUCUCUUAGCAACCAGCGGGAACAUCGCGGCAUGGCGACCUCCGAUGACAAAUGUGGGAGUGUUACCGUGGUGAUCAAGCAAAACAGGAGGAGGCUGUUGUCCGGCAAAAGCCUUCCCUCCCUGUGUUUGUGUGUGUCUAUGCUUGUGAGUGUCCACACAAGAUGCUGGAUACUUUUUUUUUUUUUGCUGGAAACAAAAAUACACAACAAUCUGUGAAUAUACUCCCCUCUGCUGCAGUUUUGCAGAUUAAACUCCAGUUCCUUCGUGAAAUGACAGGGAACAACACACAGUUGUGGCACAGUUCAGAUUAAUGAUAAAAACUCUGCAGACUGAGAACAUUUACCAAAGUAAGAACCUCCUUGUUUUUUUUCUUAUUGCUGGACUUUUGUUUUUUAACAUUUAUGACCAAUCAGUGAUUCAAUUCCUGUGAAAACUUGAAGACGUUUCAAACAUUCUUAAAUGCUGGUCUGUGAUUGGUUGUUGCUUUGCCAUUUUUAUGGAAACAGGAAGGUCUUUAGACCUAACGAGAAGAUAUUGCACACAAAAAGGAAGUUCCUUGGAAACAAAAAAGAGACUGAAAGUUGUGUCGUGAAACGUUGAAGUGACGCAAAAUGUUACAUUAAAAUAAAAAAGCAUCCCUGGACAAACAGGAAGCUGUAAGAGACAAACAAAGGAAGUACUAAGACCAUCAUAGGAUGUCCACGAAGACAACGAGGAAGUCAAUAAAAACAAACAGGAAGUUAAAAAACACAAACAGGAAGUCAAUAAAAACAAACAAGAAAUAAUAAAGACAGAGAGGAAGCUAUGUAACAAAUGGGAACCUCUCUCAGACAAACAUCUACUUCCUGAAA